AUGAGUACAACGAAUAGUUUCAAUUAUUUAUUUCUAAAAAGACUUGUUCAUCUUUUUCAUGUUUUUCUUCCAUUUUCUCGUCUUUCAUUAAAUGUUUAUAAUCAUAAUGAACCAAUUUAUACACAUCCAUUAAUUCUUAUUUUACUUAUACUGAUCAAUGAAAUUGGUUUACAAUUUAUUAUUUAUCUUGUUGGUUUACUUCCAUCACAAUAUUAUGUUGAAUUAAUUAAAACACCAGAUAAACGUGAUUUUGUUAUAUUUCGUUGGUUAGUUAUUCGUUCAUUUGGUUUUGUUAUAUUAAAUGCAUUUCUUACAUCACUUUCAGUUUUUUUAUCUUCACUACUUUAUGUUAAAUGGCGUAUGAGACUUGUUAGUUAUUUACAUUCAUUCUAUUUUACACAACAACGUUAUUAUCAUUUAUUAAAUACAACACAACAAAAUCAAAAUAGAAAUGAUAAUGAUCAUGUAUCAACAUAUGAAAAUCAUUCAAUACAAAUUAGUGAUAUUGGUGAGAAUGAUAAAGAAUCAACUGAUUAUAUGCCAACAGAUAGUUCUCUAUCAUCGGUAUCAAUAAAACCAACAAUUGAUAAUCCUGAUCAACGUAUAACUCAAGAUGCUGAUUCAUUAUGUCGAACAUUAUCAAGUAUAAUACCUCUUAUUGUUAUAUCACCAUUUGCUAUUGGUUAUUAUACUUAUCGUACAUGGCAAGUAACUGGUUAUUAUGGUCCAUUAUCAAUAGUAAUUUAUUUUAUAAUAUGGACAUUUAUAAAUAAAAUAUUUAUAUCAGCUGUAUCACGAACAAUAUUUCGACAAAAUAUAUGUGAAGGUAAUUUUCGUUUUCUUCAUACACAAAUUCGAAUACAUAAUGAACCAAUUGCAUUUUAUAAUGGUGGUUCAUUUGAACAUAAACGUUUUGAUAAUUAUUUUACAAAAUUUCUUAUACCAUUACUUUAUCGACGAACAAUUCAAGAAUUUUUUCUUAGUUUAUCAACAAAUUUAUUUGAUUAUAUUGGUAGUAUAUUAAGUUAUCUUUUAUUAGCAUUAGCAAUAUAUGUUUUUCAUUUUUAUGAUAAUUUACCAUCUGAACAAUUAAUUAAAAUGAUAAGUCAAACAUCAUUUGUAACAAUGUAUCUUAUUUAUCGUUUUAAUCUAUUAAAUGAUUUAACUGAUAAAUUAACAAUAAUUGCAGCUAAUACACAUCGUGUACAAACAUUUGUUGAAUAUAUGGAAAAUAUUGAUAUAACAUGGUCAGAAAAACAAUUAAAUCAUAAUAUACAACAGAAUGAAAUUCUUAUUAUUAAAAAUCUUUCAUAUUCCAUUCCAAAUAAUAGUAAACAUAUAGUUAUGAAAAAUCUUAAUUUAAUAUUAAACAAAGGACAACGUCUAUUAAUAACAGGUGAUAGUGGUGUUGGUAAAACAUCUCUUUUUCGUGUUCUUCAUUCAAUAUGGCCUGUAAAUAUAAGUGGAUCUUUUUCAUAUAAUACUGCUCAUGCUUUUUUACUUCCACAACGUCCUUAUUUUACAAAUCAAUCACUUUAUGAUGAACUUUCUUAUCCUGACGUAAAAAAUUUACCAACAAUAACACGUCAAACACAAAUUGAAUAUCUUCUUAAUGAAUGGAAUCUUUCACAUAUACUUGAUUGUGUUGAAUCAAAUGUAUAUAUAUGUCCUAAAUAUGCAUGGCAAGAUUUAUUAUCACCUGGUGAAUUACAACGUUUAUCAUUUAUACGAUUACUUUUUCGUUUAUCAUCUCAUGAAGAUAUAGGAAAUCCAAAAAUAAAUCUUGUUUUUCUUGAUGAAAUAACAUCAUCACUUGAUGUAAAUAUGGAAAUGAAAAUGUAUAAUUAUUUAAUUGAACAAAAUCUUACUAUAAUAAGUAUUGGUCAUCGAGAAACGCUAAAACGAUAUCAUCAAUCGGAACUUAAAUUAUAUAAAAAUGGAAAUUAUUCGCUUGAAGUAUUAGAUUAA